GUGUAGAGUAGGCAGGCCUCGCUCCACAUACAUAAGUUUGACUUUCCGAAAAUCAAUCAGCAGUCAAUUUUCCGUUUGAAACUCAAGCGGUCUAGCCCAACAAAUCUUUCAGUGGACAUAAACGGUAAUAUCGCACAAUGAGUGACCUUAAAUUGACCGUAGCCCUAACCAGCAGCAACGGAGAGAACAUGUCGCGCCAUGACAUGCUGCAAUGGGUCAAUACCAUGGUGCAGGGCCACUUCAAAAAGAUCGAAGAGCUGAGCUCAGGUGUUGCCUACUGCCAAAUGAUGGAGCUGAUCUUCCCCAACUGCAUCAACCUGAAGCGCGUGAAGAUGAGCGCAAAGCUGGAGCACGAAUGCCUCCACAAUCUCAAGUUGUUUCAGAGCGCCUUUACCCGCCUCAAGCUGGACAAAGCAGUGCCCAUCGAUCGCUUGAUCAAGGGCCGCUUCCAGGACAACUUUGAGUUUCUGCAGUGGUUCAAGAAGUUCUUCGACUCGCAGGCUCCGGGCUUGGAGAACAUCAAAUCGGCUGCCAAUGCGCCCAUUCCGAAACCAAUAAAGCCGCGCGGCUUCGCUAAGGAACUAGCCAAAGCAGUGUCGCCACCAUCUAACGGAACGGGCGCAGAGGAAGAUCUCACCACAAGGGACCUGAUGAGCGAGAUGCAGACCUUGAGCAUCAAGAUCGACGGUGCCAUAGUAACACGCGACGAGUGCUACAACAAGCUGCUUCAAAUCGAACGCCUGAUGGACGACGUGACAAACAGCAACAAUCACGCGGAGUUCUGCAGCCGCAUCUAUACCGUGCUUUAUAAGACCAUGGAUGGCCAGCCCUCUGCAGAAAUUCAAGGAAUCAAUGGAAAUGCCGUCUCCAAUAGUGAAAUGGUCGAGCCGGAGGCUGAUGAAGAGUAUUGAGGUGUUUAUGUCAUUGUUGUUCUUAUUUUAUUUUGUAUUAUUAAAUCUACAUAUUGUGCAUUAA